AUGGCCGACUCCGAGCUGUCGGGCGGCAGCGCCGAGCUGCCAUUGGCCCUGCGCCCCGCCCCCUCCAGCUCCGACGCUGACGAGUCGCUCAUGACGCAGCUCCAGCGCAUCUCCGCCCAGUUCGGCCAAUUCCGCCACAUGGACGAGGACAAGCUCGCAGAGAUGGCCGCUGCCCAGCAGGCUGGCCUUGCCGACGCCGAAGAGGCCCAGGACGACGACGAAGAAGCCGGCGACGACGCGAAAAAGCGCGCCGACGAGCUUCGCGAAGCCAAGGCCGACAUGUUCAAGCACAUCAAUGAUGCCCAGCAGGAAAUCCUGUACACCAUCGACUUCCUUGGCCUGCUUCUCUCCAAGGAUAAUCCCCGCGGCUCCAACUACAUGUCGCCUACCCUGAAGCAAAGCGGCGUCCCCGAAGGAUCCUUCUCCUACGACAAGUGGCCGGUCAAGCAGUUGGAUGAGCGUCAGAAGAAGCAGCAGGAUCUCGUCGCAAAGGGCUGGACAAUGGAGGGCCUUGGCGCCUCUGCCGAUUCGCUUUUGCAGGCCGCCACGAAGCUCGAGAAAGAGGUGCGGAAAGAGACCCAGUACUGGGGCCAGAUCCUGUCCGUCAAAAAGAGGGGGUGGUCGCUGCGCAGAGUGCCCCGCGAGAGCGGCACCCUUGGCGUCCAGUUUGGGUUCCUCGAGGCAAGCGAUAGGUUCCAAGCCCGUGGGUUUGCCCCUCUACGCGCCAAGGAAGACGGCAACAUCAUACUUGAUCAAGCUCUUGUCCAGAAGCCCAAGACCAUUCGCGUUCGCAUCGUCGAGUGUGGAAAGACCGUGGGCACUUCGGAACAGAACAACCUGGUUUUUGCCCAGCAAAGCGAUCUGGAGAUUGAGGAUCUGAUUCGGAGGGCAAGGGAUUCCCUCUUUGAACAAGAGCUGUUCCACGAGAUGACCAUGGAAACUCGCCAACUGCUGUCCUACAAGACACAGUUCCGAGAUCACGUCAUCAUCAUUCCCGCGAACCCAGAGUACGAAGCCAGCGAGCCGGGUCAGAAGCGCGAGAUCCAUGUCGAUCUCAUCGGCGUUGAAGAUGCGGAAGAGCUUCUCUCUAGGCGACCCGAAGAUGGCCUGGCUAAUGAUGUUGCCCUCACGCUGCGUCUCUUGUUGACCUACAUUCACAGCCAGAGAUUGAGAAAGCGCACCCAGCAGCCUCUUCCCAUGACUGACCGCCCUCGACCCGAACCACAACUUCCCAUCAUCCGAAUCAUGCUGAAUUUCAUCUAUCAUUACAACACCGCCACUGCUCUCAGAUCACAUUUGUCGUCUAUUCAGCAUGUUCUGGCGCGGGCUGGGAUUUCUCUCAACAUCAACCUUGAGUCAGCAUACGCAAACCUCUCGGAGGCGAUCAAUACAGUCCACUCUGAUCGGAGUCGUCUUCCACAACUGGAUGCCCUGAUGACGGUACUAUCUCGGCCUCUGCAUACCACAGCGACUUUUUCUUUGCCUUCAACGUUGGACGAGGCUGCGGCGUUACGGCAGGAACUCACAGUCACACUUCGAACGCCUAUUGCCCCGCACAUUCAGGGCACUGAUAUCAGCCUCACGAUACCUCCCGCACUUGCUGGUAUUCUCUACCGUGACAAUCGACAAGCUCAGAAGCGAAUCCUCUCUUUUGACGCGCUAGAUGCCCUUCAAGAGUACAUCGACCAUGCCAUGUCCAUGGAUCUGUCGCUUAAUCUCGCCAUGAGGGACCGUUCGAAUCUGCAAGCCAGGAAUGCUAAGAAUCGGCUCCCAGAACUGUCGUAUUUUGUAAGGAGAGGGGAGAACAAAGAAGCAGUGAUGCUACAGCUGGCAACCCACAUUUCCGGAAAAGAAGGGUGUCUAAAGGUGAGGUGGUACGCCCUUGAUGCUCAGCUGGGCGGAGAUGAGGCUGUGUGGCGGAAGGAUGAUGGGGAAAGCAGAAGCUUCAAAGAAGUCGUUGGUGCUUUUUUGAACGUGUCGUUGCCUAGUUAG